GAGAGGCUAGCUGUCUUCCGUGUUUUACGUCUCUUACUGGUUGAGGUUUGUAGUUCGCUGACAGAGGACCCCCCCCCCCCUAGUCGAAGAAGGAGGUGACGGUCUUCUGCGAAGCUCCCUUCCUCUGCCUGUCUGUCCCGCUAGUAGUCGAGAGAGACCUUAGCGUUGGAGCCCUUUGGGCCAGCCCUGUGGAGGGAAGGUGACCAGAUUCUGGGUGGCCUCAGGCUCUCCUUGUCGGAGGCCUUUCCGUUCAGGAGCUAGGCUCGGAGGGAGUGGAGGAAGUCCGGUAGCACCCCUCAGGAGGGAAGGGGGUCCCAGGUGCUGGUGACUUUGGGGUAGGGGAAGGAGGUAGCGUCCUCCAGCUUGCACUCUUGGCCCAUGAGGUUUGUGACUCCUUCGGGAACCGUGGAGGCGAUUUCAGUGGAGAAUUAGCUGUCCGGUGUAACUUCUGAGGAAGAAAUAGAAGCCGGCCAUGGACGACGUUUUGUCUAUCAGUCUGCUCUCGCUGGCUAUGCUGGUAGGCUGCUACGUGGCUGGGAUAAUCCCAUUAGCCGUUAAUUUCUCUGAGGAAAGGUUAAAGCUGGUCACAGUCCUUGGUGCUGGCCUCCUUUGUGGAACCGCCUUGGCUGUCAUUGUGCCUGAAGGAGUACAUGCACUUUAUGAAGAUAUUUUGGAGGCAAAGCACCAUCCGGUCAGUGAGACUCAAAAGGUGGCUGAAUCUGAGAAAGCAGCAGAAAUGCCAGUGGUGUAUGACCAUGACCACGACCAUUCAAGAUUACAUGCUUACAUUGGAGUUUCCCUCGUCCUUGGCUUUGUCUUCAUGCUUCUGGUGGAUCAGAUUGGCAGCUCUCAUGUACACACAACGGAUGACCCAGAAGCAGCAAGAUCAAGCAGUUCCAAAAUCACUACUACACUGGGAUUAGUUGUUCAUGCUGCAGCGGAUGGUGUUGCCUUAGGUGCAGCUGCCUCUACAUCUCAGACCAGUGUCCAACUAAUAGUGUUUGUUGCAAUUAUGUUGCAUAAGGCGCCAGCUGCUUUUGGCCUAGUCUCUUUUCUUAUGCAUGCUGGCCUUGAACGGAAUCGAAUCAGGAAGCACUUGCUAGUUUUUGCACUAGCAGCACCUGUUUUGUCAAUGGUGACUUACUUGGGGCUAAGCAAGAGCAGUAAACAAGCUCUUUCAGAAGUCAACGCCACUGGAGUUGCCAUGCUUUUUUCUGCAGGGACUUUUCUCUAUGUCGCUACAGUUCAUGUCCUCCCUGAGGUUGGUGGCAUGGGACAUAGCCACAAAGCUGAAGCUGCAGGAGGAAAAGGACUCAGUCGCCUGGAAGUGGCAGCUCUAGUCCUGGGCUGCCUAAUUCCUCUGAUUUUGUCUAUUGGACACCAGCAUUAAAGACCUGAAGACCAGAAACCUACUCCUCAAUCUGACAUGAGCAGCAAGUGUUGGCUGCCCUUUUAUCAUUGUCUCUCUUACCUUGUUAACCACCCCAUCUUUUUAAGGAGUCAGAGAGAAGCAUGGCUGCAGAAGGAGGAAUUCUGGGAGAGCUUUUAGUGUAGCAAACAGUACUUUGGACAGCUGGAUAUUAAUUCUACAUAACUUUUUGAAGAUACUUUAUGACUUCCUGCCCUAUUCUCAGGGAAGUUGAAAUUAAGAUUUUAUGGCAGAUGAUUUGGGAAGAACUUUGUGGUUCACAGUGAAAUCAUAAUCACCAAAGUAUUCUGUUUGUCAGCAUUCACAGCUGACCUGUUGAGAUUGGAGCUGCCUUCAAAUAUAUGGACUCCUUUUCACCUCAGAAUUUUACAUGUUAUAAUGAUAGUGCAAGCUAUCUUGUGAAGAUAAACCUGAUACAAAUCUUGGAUAACAAACUGAUGAAAUGUUUGGACAAAGCCUGAGAACAAUUUAGGAGGCCAAAUUCUUGCUAGUUAAGCCUUUGGAUGGGAAUCUUGUAUUGUGUUACCAGGAGAUAACCUCAUUAUGCCCCUUGAGUAUAAUGAUCCCUGUGGUUGAAUAAGCCAGCAGUGCUGAGCUGAGAGGCUAUUCUGAACUCUGACAAAUUAGUGCUUUUUGAAGUGAAUACGGUACCAAUUUAUUUGGAAACCUUUGUUCUGCUGAAAUAAAAUAAGGUUAAUUACUGGUCAGCUAGCACAAAAUGUUUUUGCAGAGGUGGAUGCUGUGGUCACAGAGUCCUUAAGGCUUAGCAUUUAUUAGAAGCAAGACAAGCCAUUCUGAAUUGGCAUAAGGCUGUUUGAAUUGAGUCCCCCACUUUGUCUCACUUUUGGAGACUAACAAUCAGUGUUGACUGAGAAUUCAGCCUUUGCAUGUGUGCUACCUUUGGCUACUAAGUUUUGUUUUGUUUUGGAAGAAACAAGCCAUGGGCAGAAACCUGGAACAUCCAAAGGUGUAUGUGGAUUCUUAGCACACAAUUUUUAUGACAAAUUAGAUAUACAUUACUCCCAUUGCCAAAUGUUUCUCUGCUUAGUCACAUUUUCAUUUCAAAAAAGAUAAAAAAAUAAAAUAACUAGUUUCUCCCUGGUGCUAGUUAUUUCUUUGUGUCAGACUUUUCCCCCACACCAUCCCCUUGUUUACAAUCCAUAACACAAACUUUCUUCCAUUCCUUGUUCACAUCCUAUACUAGCUUGUCAGAAAAUAAUGGCAUGGUCUUGGGUGAGGAUUUGUCUUUAAUUGGUGAUUUCUGCAGGAUUCUUUGAUAUUGAUCCAUUCACAGUAGUCAAGAUUAGGACCUCAGUGAGGAUCUUGGCUUUGGGGUUUCUGUUAACAUUGGAAAUUGAAGUUUAAAAUCAGCACAGAAUAAUGAAUAGAUUUAGGAUUGGCUCCAGACCUUGUUUUCCAUCAGCAUAAAGCACUUCUGUCAGUGGAAGAGGGAGUGUUUUUCAUUGAUUUUUGCUGUCUAUGCAGUCCCCAGGGAGCUUAGUGGUCUGCCCUGGGUGGGAGGAAAGUUCUGUCACAUUAGUGGAGCUCUGUAGAUGGUUCAUUAGAUCCAUCUUAUCUUUUCAUAACGGUUGAUCAGUUGCACAUCUACAGGAACUUCAGCCGACAUGGUCCACAAACCUCCUGUUUUGAUGCCUGCUUGAGAUGGGGAAAACUGGGAGUUGUCAGAUGCCUGGGAGAUCACAGCACAUAACUAGUGAUGCAUUGCAAAAGGAAAGCAGUCGAUUUCAAAUUGGCACAGAAUAAAUGGAAAUGGUCAUUGUUAGUGAAUGGAAAUAGUUACAGUUGUAUUUGCUUAGUUUAACUUGAAUGUAACAUGGGCAUAAGUAUGAUUAAAAGUCUAAUUUUUGCUGCAGAACUGCAUUUGGCAGUGGUGGGCAAGACAAACACUUGAUAAGAGUUUGGAUUAAUCCACACUUAGUGUUCGUAAUACUACUAUGAUAUUGGUAUCUGAAAUUUUGAUUGACACCAGAGCUGCUUUCACAUCUGAGUACAGAUUGUUGGAGAACUUGAUAUAAAGCUGCUAAUGCUGGAUCACUUCAUAUUUAUGAAAACAAUCUCUACUAUAUCUUUCUUGCUUACUGAGCCUGGGCCUGGGCCUGGUGUUGAUACAAAGGCACCUAGAUUGGACUUCUGUCCUUGACUGAUAAGGAAAUGGGACAGUGUAUAGAAUCAUUAGCACUCUCUGUAUUGCACGUUAAGUGAGACUAAGCAAUGCAUGGGCAGUAUAGCAAUGAGUUGUGUAGCUGAAACUUUUCCAAAUAUGCUGUUGUAAAACUGAGAUCAAGUUUAAUGAUAUGCCAUGUGUGUAUCGAAAGAGUAGCAUUACAUAACUCUUGUCUCCUUUUGACUUCUCGCUCUCCACCACCACUAAUUUGACUGUAAUGAUGUGGAUGCCUUGGCACUUCAUGUAUAUUGGACUGCUGAUUAUCACAAUGAAAGUUCUUUUGAAGGGUAUGCCUUUAGCAGAGUUCUGAAUAUCUUGUCCCUUGUGGCUGUGAGAAUCCUAACUUCAAGGGAACUCCUAGGUUAAAGUAACCUCUCAUGUUUUUUGUUUCCCCAUCUAAUAAAGUCAAAUUCAGGAUAGUGAAGUUCCACUUAUUGUGAAGGCUUAUUGAUGAAAUUCUGGCUCCAACAAUAGACUUCUGAGGAGCCUCAGAAAGCAUGUGAAUACUUAAUAGUAUCUUCAAGCCUAGCCUCCUGUGUUUCUGCUAUUCACAUCAGUUGACCAAGUUAUGGAAAUCAGUCUAUGAUGAUGAGCUGUGUCAGUGUGCAACAUUAUACUAAAUCAUAACUAAGAAUAGUAAAAAUAAAGGGAAUGGUCUCUAGCCUAACAGAGACUGCUUUUUAAAACCUGGUUUAUAGCAUCUGUGAAGAUGGUAGUCAAACCAAGGGAGCAAGGAUGCUUUGAGUUUUCUUAAGGUGAUAAUGUGAAACAACAGAAAACUAUUCUUGUAAAAUUCUCCAGAGAAGUUUCUGCAGCCUGUCUUAGAGGUAUACCCAGUAACGAGACAUUUUGUAGGCUUUAUAGGAAUGGGAAAACUUGAACUAGUAUGUUUGUACUGCUGUUUUAUGCUGUUUGUUGAUGAACCACAGGAGUUGGCGGGGGCUCAGCAGUUACAUUCAGAAAUGGAAUAUCUGUUUCAAAAGAUCAGUUUUUCUGUGUUUUGACUGUGUCUCUGAGCGGCUGUGACUUUGUGGGUACAGUGUUCCCUGGUCAUAGCUGCAUAUCUGACUGUGUACUAAGUUGUGAUUUUGAUGUAUUUUCCAAAUCAUUUGUACACAUGAAACCAUUCCAUGGAUGACUGCCUUAUUUUUUUGAUUAUUUCACUUUGUGAAUGGUUUAAAAAUGUUGUUUUUAUUAUAUUAAACUUUUUAUUAGCUGCA